UCCAUUUUCAGCUAAGAAAGUCAUAGAAGGUUUAGAACCAAUUCCUCAAAUGAAAGUCGUGCAGAACAUCGUCGAAAAAGAAUCGUCCGCAGUAGUUCCAGUUGAAGACCAGCUUCCUUUCCGAGUAGCUCUGACGUCAUUCUCAUUUUCCUUGCACCAGUAUUGGUUUUCCUGGCUCCUGUUGGCAACACUCAAUUAUUCUGGAUCACUGCACUUAUGGAUGGAGCGAAUAAGUUCCGACGUACAUACAGUAAGUAGGUACACACAGAUUUAUGGACUAUGUCAAGUUUCAUCAUUAAUUUUGGCACCCAUUGCGGGUAUAGUAAUGGACAGAACUCUGAAUUCAGCAGCUCAAGAGCCUGACUAUGAUAAAAGAAAGCUGAUCAUGUUGCGGUCAGGCUUCUGGCCGAUGUUGUUUACCACUGCAGCUCAGGCCAUUGUCCAGUUAUGCAAGUUUUUUGAAAAUGAUGUUUCAGUGUAUAUUUCUAUAUUUUUUACAACCAUUCUACGGUCGUUCCACGUCGCAGUUGCCACCGCUUAUCUAAGGAUUCGGUUUCCUGCAAGUCAUUUCAACAGGCUGUUGGGAAUCAUGAGUACCACUGCUGCUGUAGGUUCUUUACUGCAAUUUCCGCUCUAUGUGUGGGAAUCUAAGUCAGCAGAAGGUGUCCUAGAGGUUAAUAUAUUCAACUGUGUCACCCUGAUGGUAUGUUUUGUCCAUCCAUUGCACCUGUUGAUUACGCCUCUACAAAAAAGGUUCAUUAGAAGAGAGCACGAAGUCACACUCAAAUCGAAGGCAAGCUCCUAGUCAAGCAAGACACUAACAGCCGCCACCGUUUGGAGAUUCCUGAUAUAAUGUCGGUCACACGGUCACCGACAUGUCUAUGCAGCCAUAGAUCUAAGAACAUUGUCCUAGGUCUUUUACUCACAUACUAUAGGAAUACUUUUAAAAUAGGGUGCCAAAACAAUUCUUAAUAAAGACUGGAAGAUAGCUUCAAGGUGAUAGUUGAUAAAUCUUCGAAUGAGGAUUAUAUGCCAUAAAAUAACCAUCUAAGACGAAUCAAUUGCACAUAUGUAAGAGUUUAAAAUGAGAUACGUCGUU